CGUAGGAUCGUCAAACGUGUUCUCCACACAGGAUAUUCUCUAAGAAAUCUGUUGUUAAAACAUAUUUUGAGGUGAUUUUCUGAUAUAUUUUGGCUAUCCUGAUUACCAGUUCUUCUCAGGAUGUCUUCUCUACGCAAUGCAGUCAAGACCCAACGUGAACACCGGGAAAGACACCAGCCACAGAGUCGACAACAUCUAGGGGCAUUAGAAAAGAAAAAAGACUACAAGAAACGAGCAAAAGACCAGAAUCGGAAAAAAAAUGCGUUGAAGCUGCUGACGAAAAAAGCUCUUAACAAAAAUCCUGAUGAAUUUCAUUAUCACAUGGUUAACAGUGAGUUGAAGGAUGGUGUCCACUAUGAACGCGUGAAAGAUGAGGAGCUGGCUGUCGGGCAUGUGCGGCAGGACCUGACUUACAUCACCCAUCGCCGCACUAUUGAGAGGAAGAAGAUCGAGAAACUUAAGGCCCAGCUGCACUUGCUAGAGACAGAUUCAGAGAAGCCAAAGAACUCACAUGUCCUCUUUGUCGAUGAUGAGAAAGAAGCCAAAAAAGCCAACCCAGCCAAGAUCCUCGACACCCACCCGGCACUGCUCAAUAGGACAUUCAAUAGGCUAAAGACGUCGCAGUUGUCAUCACUGUCGAGGGAGCUGAAUGACCCUGAGAUUUUGAAGAAAGUAACCAUUUCGAAGGGCAAAGCCUACAAAGAACUGGCCAAGAGGAUAGAGAGAGAGGACAAACUCCGCAUCAUGCAAGAGAAGUUGGAAGUGCGGCAGCAGCUAAUGAAAAAUAAGGAAAAAGAAGGCAAACUUCCACAGCUAGUUGUCGAGGGAACCAGUACCUCUGCACCUGUGUACAAGUGGCCACAGGAACGUCAAAAAUAAAUCUCUAACAUGUAAAGGACCGAUUGUUUAAAUCAAUACAUCACUAUGUUACGCCUUUUAAACGGAACUGUUAUUUGACAUGCUUUCAAAUGAGAGAAUAUUUUUGUGUAAUUUAAGGUACAAGUAAAGUUUGUUUUUACAUU